CUCAAAGACCCAGCAAGAAGGAGUCUGAUGAUCUCGAGCUCGUCGACCUCUUGAACCAUUUCAUACGCGGCUCAGACUAGACAUGAUCUAGAAGGCUCAAGGUCCGAUUCUAUAAAACGCCUUCCUUGACGACGCCUGAUACCCAAAAUUACCUUCCCCCUCCACCCCGCGUCAAACUUCCGUCGCAAAAUUUGUAUGGUUGACCAGCCGACUCUGUGAUCCAUACAUCCUCUUCGAGUUCCCCGGGCUUCUAAAUCACCCAGAAAUCGCACAAUACCAAUAUGCCGCACUCAGUUCCAGUGCCCAACACGGGCAUUCAAGCCCUCAUUCUCUGUGGACCUGGUGUCAGUUUGAAUACCUUCACCUCGAAUGAGGACUCUCCUAAGGCUCUUGUCCCGAUUGCCAAUAGGCCGAUGAUCUACUAUCCACUAGACUGGUGCUAUCGCAUGGGAAUUACAAAUAUCACAAUCGUCACUCCUUCGGAGAUCAAACAGCCAUUAGAAAGUGCCAUGGGUACAAAUCCCUACUUGACCUCCCUUCCGUCCCCUUCGCCGUCGAUUCUGUCGCCGCCCGACUUGACCAUGACCACCGGAACUGCGGAACUGCUCCGCCUCCCCGAAGUCCAGUCGUGCAUCAAGUCCGACUUUCUGCUCCUUCCCUGUGACCUGAUUUGCGAUAUACCGGGAGAGUCUUUCAUCGAAGCAUGGAUGGCACAAAGCGCGCUAGGGGGCUCCGAUGGACCGAAGACCGUUGGGUUGGGAGGUGGCAGCCCUCGUGGUGGUCUCGCAAUGUUCUACCAAACUAAAGGCCAGGAAGAGAGCGUUAAGGGCGAGGCCACGGACUUCGUGGCUACCGUCCCCCUCGAGGAAGAUGAGGCACCAGCUGUGUCUCACCCACUGGACGGACCCGCUGCGCUGCGGUUCGGACUGUCGAAGCUGGCUCUCUCUAUGCCGAUGGACACAUUGAAAGAGAACAUGCAGGAACAGAAGGGCUUGCUCAUUCGGCACUCUCUGGUCAAGAAACACCCCCGGAUCAAGCUUCUUACCAGCUUCCGAGACGCAAAUUGUUAUCUUUUCCCGUACUGGGUGUCCCAGUUCUCGCGUCUCAACGAGCCGUUCGAGAGUAUCAGUGAAGAUCUUGUGGGAUGGUGGGCAAAGGCAGGGUGGCAGACGGGGCUGGGAGAGAAGCUUCACUUGCGAGAGAUCCUCCAGCCAGAGAACAAGGGAGAGAGCGGUAGCCAGGAUGGAGAUUCGCUGGAGGAUGAGAUCGAUCUAAACUCCAUGAUUUCUACGAAAUCGGGGGCUGCCGUCGCUCGCGAAGGGGCCUUCUCUGACGAUAUCCAGUUCGCCUCCCGCGUUCAGAAUCCUGAUGCCAAGGACGCAGACAGCGCAGAGCCCCUGCAUGUUCCUCCGAUCCUGGCAUACAUGCACUCUUCCAAAGCGUCAGCGCCAUUGGUCAGACGCGUGGACAGCUCUGCUCUGCUCCUGAGCGUAUCGUUGAAGCUGGCAAAGCUGGAAGCAAUCGAGGAGGUUGGCCGCGUCGCCGCCUCUCCUUUCGCCCACAACCAGAAGAUCAACGGCACAUCGAACGUGGCGCAGAGGUGCACCGUCACCAAGGCUGACUGCUUGAUCGACAUGAACACCACGAUCAACGAGAAGUCGGUGGUCAAGGAGAGCGUCAUUGGAGCCAACUGCGUGAUUGGAGUUGGCGCAAGGCUGACGAGGUGUCUAGUCAUGGAUGGAGCCGUCAUUGGAGAGCGUGCUCAAUUGUCCGGCUGCAUCAUUGGCCGCAGAAGCAAGAUUGGACGCGAGUGCGUCCUUAAGGACUGCGAGGUCCAGGACGGCAACGUGGUUGAAGAUGACACUGAAGCGAAGAACGAGAAGUUCAUGGUAUUCGAAGGUCUAGAUGACGAUGAGGAUAUGGAUGGAGGGGACUAUGAGGAUGAUCAGGAUGACUUUUAGGUGAACAGCGCUUUGGCAGGAAGCGAUAAAAGAGCAAUAGAAAUACUAAUGAUGUGAUGACACUUUGGAUGUCUGACGAGAAGGUUCAUUUGUUCUUUUUAGAAUUAUUAAGUCAGAUGUCUCUCAGAUAUGAAGAAAAGAGAACAAAGAAACAAACUG